AUGACUAAGCAGCUGCUUCUUCUUUUUUUUCUUCUGCUAAUCUCGUUGAGUCAAUAUGCCGAUUCUAAUUCUGGCUCCAUUGUCAAAUUUCUUCCUGGCUUUGAAGGCCCCCUUCCUUUUGAGCUCGAAACCGGAUACAUUGGUGUAGGUGAGGAAGAGGAAGUGAAAUUGUUCUACUAUUUCAUAAAAUCUGAGAGAAAUCCUGAAGAAGACCCUCUUCUUAUUUGGAUAAGCGGAGGACCUGGUUGCUCUUCUAUCAGUGGCCUUCUUUUUGGGAACGGGCCACUGACUUUCAAGACUGAGGGUUACAAGGGAGGUAGUCCUACCUUGGUUUCCACUACAUAUUCAUGGACAAAGGUGGCGAGCAUAAUAUUUUUGGACCAGCCUGUUGGGGUUGGCUUCUCCUAUACAUUAAAUCAACUUCUUGAUUCACCUAGUGACAUAGGAGAGGCUAAGCAGAUGGAUGACUUUCUUCGUAAGUGGUUAAGCAACCAUACAGAAUAUAUCUCAAAGCCAUUCUAUCUCGGCGGAGAUUCUUAUUCCGGUAAGGUUAUUCCGGCUGCCGUUCAAGAAAUCUCCAAAGGAAAUGAUCUUGGAUUGAAACCUCAAAUAAAUCUUCAGGGUUAUGUGCUAGGAAACCCGGUAACGGAUAUCGAGGUUGAGUAUAACGACCGCGUUCCAUUUGUUCGUGGAAUGGCACUCAUUUCUGAUGAACUCUACGAGCCGUUAAAGAGAACUUGCAGGGGCAAUAUUGGAAAUGUGGACCCACGUAACAUAGAAUGUUUGAAAUUCGUUCAAGAAUUUCGAAAGUGUACUUCUAAUUUAAAUAAGGAACAUAUUCUAAAACCAUCAUGCGAUGUUGAAUUGUCGACACUUUUAUCUCCAAAUGAUGUCCUAAGAACAUGCCUUAGAGGACGUCUCCCUGCAAAUCCUUCGGUUUCAUAUCCCGUUUGCGUUCUGUAUAAUGAUUUGCUAACUUCCUUGUGGGCUAAUGAUGAGGGCGUGCGCAAAGCACUUCAUGUGGUGAAGGGGAGUAUAGGGGAAUGGGCACGAUGUUUUCCGUUUGUGACUUACAAUUACAACAUUAAAAGUAGCGUACCAUAUCAUAGGAAUAACAGCAUCAAAGGUUACCGAUCUCUCAUCUAUAGUGGUGAUCACGAUUUGCUAGUGCCUUUCUUGUCAACACAAGCGUGGAUCAGAUCUCUCAAUUAUGCAAUUAUUGAUAACUGGAGACCAUGGAUGGUACAUAAUCAAAUUGCUGGAUACACUCGAACGUAUGCCAAUAAAAUGACAUUUGCCACUGUCAAAGGAGGUGGACAUACACCACAAUAUAAACCAGAAGAAAGCUUUAUCAUGUUUCAGAGGUGGAUAAGUGGCCAAUCUUUAUAG